AAAAAAAAUCUUUGUGUUCUUUUCGAGACCUCUGGCCAUCUAUGUCACAGUGAUGUGGUGUAGAGGACCAAACUUUUGAAGGGCAUUCUAAAUGGUAACCUUUAAAUUAAGUCAACUGUUAGUAACUCCAUGACAAUGUUCAUAUGUUAUUGCCCUUUUCCUACUAACAAGAACAAAAGGCCACAGCCAGACCAACCAGUCACAUGUGAAGGGACACAAUGACAUUUUUACUUCUGAACUCUUCUGGUAUAAAAGGGCCACCACAGAAGCAUCUUCCAGCAAGCGUGAGGAAUUUGGCAAUGAAACCACCUCUCUGCGCAGAUAUUGGAAAGUCCAACAUGAUUAGCUCAUUAAAAUUCAGCCUUGUCUUGGCUCUGCUGCUGUCCACAAUGCAUGUGCUUCCCUGUUUUCCAGUUCUAUCAUCUCAGAAUCGCCAGGUGUCUGGGAAACCUGAUUACUUUCUCGUCCUGCUGAGCAGCUGCCUGGCCAGGCUGGAUGGGAGCGAGGGACCAGCAUUUUUAAAGCCAAUUUUGGAGAAGACAUCUAUGAAAAGGUCCUUUCGCAAUGGAGUUGGCACAGGGAUGAAAAAAACUUCCUUUCGAAGAGCAAAACCAUGAAUAAGUGUGCGAAGGACUCUGGGAAUUAAUCUCCAACUAUGUGAAGUGUGACUGAUGGGCUAAAGUCCGUCCUAUCGUCAUCAUUAAGUGUCGGUUGCUCUCAAUCCUCAAAUCUUGCCUCUCCUAACCGGUUCAGAGUAAAUUGAGUUUUAGAAAAAUGUAAACCUGUCCCAAACUUUUGCUUGUGAGAGAAAAACCCAUUUCUGUGCUCAGUUAGCAACUUUUCCAAAUGGGGUCGGACACAUUUGCUUUGAUUUAAGAUUGACUAGAAGGUGUGAGCGUUUGUUUUUUUACAGUCAUGAGGAAAGUAUGAUGUUUUUUCCCUGCCUGUAAUAUUGCAGUAUUGUCAUAUCGAAUACCACAAUGAGAUAGAGAUAUGCUCUUUUUUUUUUUUCUUUUAAAUAUGGUUUUCUCCAAUGGCACAGCUGGGCCAACUCUUCUGGGUUUGUAAUAGCAUCUUGUGAAACUAACUGCAGGAAACAUUGUUGUUACCACUGUAUCAAUCAGUCCAUCAAUACACACCAUGAGU